AUGCUUACUAGUAAUAGUGGCACUGAAGCUAUCACAAAAAAGUAUACUAAUCGAUUUACAUACGAUGGAACAUAUAUUGAGUCAUUUGGUACCAAAAUAAAAUUUUAUAUAGAGUCAAAUUAUCUGACUUUGUUUAAUGUUUCUUCCCCCAUAAACCAUCCAUUGGGGUUGCUCUUUGGUUUCGGCAAAUGUACAGUAGUACUCCUUCUUAAGCUGUCAAAAUGGUUGCUUUGGAAUUUAUUUCUCAGUUAG